AUGCAUCAAAUGCUUGUCGAAGACUUGCAGGAAGAACCAAAACCCAGCCUUUCUCUUUACAGAAAACUAUUUAAAUGUAAAAAUCUAUCUUUUCAUCGUCCUAAGAAAGACCAGUGCAGUUUAUGCUCAACAUAUCGUGAGAGAACUGACGACAUCAAAGCCAAUUUGCACGAAACAUAUACCACCCAUAUACUACAAAAGCAAUCAUUCCGUGCAAAACGAUCAGAACGAAAACAAGAAGCUCAAAAAGAUGCAUUAACAAUAGCUUUUGCUACUUUUGAUCUCCAGCAGUUAAUUCCCAUUAUAAAAUUGGCACGAAGACGACAACCGUAUAUAGUAACAGCUCUAAGCUACUCGGACUUUUUAGAUUUUAAAGCACUCUCACAAAAUUUGCGGCUACUUUCUGUUCGAAAAGAUGACACUGGUGAAAUGGUAGAUUGGAGACAAAUGAUGGAAUUAUCUUUUAUGAAGACUGAUCCCAACAAAUUCUUUUUCAAAACUGAUCACACUGCUGUAAAUUCUCGUUCAUUGACAUUAAGAAGGCAAGUUUCUGGAGAAUUGCACUCACAAAUUUUACCACUCAAUGUUACACAACCAAAGAUUUCUCAAGAAAAGUACAACGAUCUAAUGACUUUGACUGCGGGUGACACACCAGUCAUAAGGUUACCCGAAUUCGUUUCGUUUUAUCGUUCACUGCAUCAUUAA